AUGUUGGAGCAGGAAUGUGCGGCUGCUAGCGAAUGGACUGACAUCAUGGACGAGCAGCGGGGCGUUCAAACCUCCAGACGGACCGGGAGCGGUGGCAGGUCGCUGUUAUCGGCCGGAUCCGCGGUGGCGAUGGAGAUUAAACGGAAGAAAAUUCGACAGAGUGCCUUAUUCCUUCAAACCGAGAACACAAACCUACAGGAGAAGCUCGACUUUGAGAUGCGGAUGCGGGAGGGAGCCUACAAGCUUCUGCUGGCCUGCAGUAAGAGACAGCAGAUUCUCAACGCCUCCAAGAACCUGCUGACCUGCAACGCCAGGAUCAAGGCUUACCUGGCACAGCUGCAGAGGAAACACGAGGAGCAGGGCGUGAUGGGAGCUGCCAAAAGAUUUUCAGAUCCAGUUUCAGAGGACCGUUUUCCCUGUUUUGGGACGAUUGCACUGUCUGGGCUGCGCAUUCCCCUGAUGUGGAGGGAUUCAGACCACUUCAAUGACAGAGGGAGCUCUCGCCGGGUGGCUCUGUUCUGUGUGAUGCAGCUUGGAUCGGAGGUGUUCGACACGGAGAUGGUGGUGGUGGACAGAUCGGUCACGGACGUCUGCUUCGAGGGAGUCACCAUCUUUAAAGAAGCAGUCCCCCAGUUCGAGCUGAAGGUGGAGCUGUGGAGCUGCGCCCUGGAGGAGGAGCUCACGUUGGUAAACACGCCAAAGAAACUGGCCAAGAAGCUCCGCAGCUCUCUUGGAAAGACGACUGGAAAGAAGCUCUGCUCCCUGCUGGACACUCCAGACCCUGACACCUUCCUGCUGCACAACCCAAUCCCAUCUGGAGCGAAGUACAACCUGCUGGCCUACACGACACUGUGCCUGCCCGAGGCUGAAGGCAGCUUUCAGUCCCACUCCCUCAUUGUCCUCCAGAACGCCGAGUGGUCGUCCUGGCUCCCGCUCUACGGCAACCUGUGCUGCCGGUUGGUGGCCCAGCCGGCCUGCAUGACGCAGGACAUGAUGGCCGGCUACCUGAGCCAGAAGCAAACUGUGGAAGGGAUGAGCCGCUGCUGCAGUCUGUACUGUGUGCUCGGUGCCGGAUUUCUGUCCUGUUACUUCACUCCAGAGGAGAUCGAGGCUAAAGUGGAGCCCACUCUCAAAGUACCCAUCAAUAAGGACACUCGGAUCUGCGCCAUGGAGAAGGCGUCGGUGGGACAGAAAUCCCGGAGCCUGUCCAUCAUCAACCCCUCGCCGGAGGGGUCUCAGACCCUCGUCUUCACGGCGGACAGCAGGGAGCAGCUGGACGACUGGCUGGACGCCCUCUAUCAGCACCUCUACGAUCAAAGCCAGUGGCUCCACUGCUGCCACCGGCUAAUGAAGAUCGAGGUCGCGUCACCAAGGAAACCAUCACUCUUCCUCACCAAGCAGGCCGACUCUGUUUACAACGACCUCAGCAUAAAUUCCCCCGGAAAGUUUGAGAGCAUCACAGACAUCAUCCACAAUAAGAUCGAGGAGACGGACGGCCACUUCCUCAUCGGCCACGACGAGGAGCGCGAGGCGCCCAACUGGUCCACGCUGUUCGACGGCUCCCAGUCCAUAGUGGUGCAGAAGAGUCUCCUGUCCCACAGCAAGACCUCCACCCCUUUCACAAGCCCCAAUCCCAGCGCCAGCUCGACGCCCGUCGGCGGCAAGAAGCGGCGCGCUCCGCCGCCCCCGGCCGACCGAGAGCCGUACGCGGCGCCUCCCCGCCCGGCCAGGCCUCCCCUGCCCCCCCAGCACCGUCACCCCCCGCAGUCCAGCCAGGAGAAGGAGAACGCCGACGCUCCCCGACCCGCCACCAGGCCGAAAACGGGCAGGCCGUCUCUGGACGCCAAGUUCUCCGCCAUCAUCCAGCAGCUCCAGAGGAACAACGCGGGCGGAGCGGCGAGGAACGCCCCGCUGGGCGUCCUGGACGUCCAGCCGCAGUGUCAGCCUCAGAGGCCGGACUGCCAGACCCCCGAGGCCGCGGCCGAGCACGGCUUCGUCAGGGCUGGCGGCGGUCCGGCUCCAGUCCCUGCGCCGAGGAGCAAACUCAGGAAGUCUUUCAGAGAGAGGAUGAACCUCAAAAUGUUGUAACUUCACUUUGAGGAUCAUGAAUUAACAUGGAGCCGAAGCAUGGCU